AUGUUUAUAACACGUUAUUUAGUAUUAUUUUCUUUCAUUUCAUAUUCACAAGCUGUUAUUGGUGCUUUUCAAAUUUAUCAUAAUUAUGAUUUUCCUGUUCAAGCGUGUAGUGGUUUAAUUGGUAAAACAGCAGUUUAUUUCAAUUCAACUUUAGAACCAAAUGGUUAUUGUAAUUUUCAUAAUCAACCGGCUUUAGGUACUAUGGCAGAAUGUAUUGAAAUGAUUCCUUUACAAAAUUCAAGAAAAUUAUUUUUAAAAAGCUGUAAAAAAUUAAAUUUAACAGAGGAUCAAUAUUUAAAAGCUUUACAAAAUGCUACUGAAUUUGGUUUUGUUAAUGUUACUUCUGAUAAAGAUUAUAAAAAGGGUAAAAAUUAUUAUAAACCUGCUUUAUUAACUAAAAAAAAAGUUCAUGCCGCUUAUGAUUCUGUAGCUACCAGAUGGUAUAAUUAUAAUCAAGCUCAAUUUUUUGGUUUAGCAUCAAUGUGUUAUUGGUGGGUGGUUUUAGGAAUUGCUUCAAUUUGGAAUCUUACUUAUUUUAUUGCUCCCAAAUUUAUUCUUUCAUUAAAAGGAAAAUUUUCAAAUUAUUUUAGAAAAUAUAUUACUUUACCUGCUUUGUUUUCAAAAACUCAUGCUCAUCAUAAACAUAUAAUUUUUCAUAAAUUUAUAGUUGUUUUCCCAACUAGAUUAGAAGCAAUUUUAGUAUUUUUAUGGUUUUCAAUGACUUUGAUUAUGUGUUGUACGAAUUAUGUUCAUGUUGUACCAAAUUCAAUUUGGCCUCAACGUAAUAAUGAAUUAGGUAGAAAAGUUGCUGAUAGAACUGGUCAAAUGGUUUUAUGGUUAUUACCUCCUUUAGUUUUAUUUUCUGGUAGAAAUAAUUUUGUUCAAUGGAUUUCUGGUUGGAGUUUUGCAAGAUUUAUUUAUAUUCAUAAAUGGAUUUCAAGAGUUGCUUUUAUGAUGAUGAUUGCUCAUGGCGUUGGUAUGACUUAUAAUGGUAGAGGUAUUGGUAAAUAUUAUACCAGAAAUAAACAACCUUAUGUUAGAUGGGGAAUGACUGCACUUACAUCUAUUGGUUUAAUGUGUUUUCAAUCUUUAAUUUAUUUUAGAAGAUCAAAUUAUGAAGUAUUUCUUGCAAUUCAUAUUUUAUUGGCUGUUUUUGCAAUUAUUGGUUUAUGGAUUCAUACUAGACAACAAGGUUAUCAUAUGUGGAUGAUAGCUGCUGUUAGUGUUUGGGUAUUUGAUAGAGUGGUUAGAAUAGCUAGAUUAUUUGCAUUUGGUGUAAAAACUGCUGAUGUUCAAUUAAUUGCUAAUGAAACAAUUAAAGUCAUUGUUAAUCGACCAAAAUAUUGGAAACCAUUUCCUGGUUGUCAUGCAUUUAUUCAUUUCUUUAGACCAACUUGCUUUUGGCAAUCUCAUCCUUUUACAAUUGUUGAUUCAAUUAAUGAAACAAAUACAAUAACUUUUUAUUUAAAAGUUAAAGGUGGUAUGACUCAUGGUUUAUAUCAAUUUUUAUCAAAACAACCAAAUCAAAAAGCAAAAAUUAAAGUUUCUGUUGAAGGUCCAUAUGGUAAUCCAUUACCAUUAUCUAAUUUUGAUUAUAAUUUAUUAAUCGCUGGUGGAAAUGGUAUUCCUGGUAUUUACUAUGAAACUAUAGAUUUAAUUAAAAAUAAAAAAUCAAGUUAUAAUAAAGUUAAAUUAUAUUGGGUUAUUAGACAUUAUAGAUCAUUAGAAUGGUUUUAUCAAGAAUUAAAUAAAUUAAAACAGUUUGAUCCAUCUUUAAUAGAUGUAACUAUUUUUAUAACACAACCUCAUGUUGGUUUAACUCAACCAAUAAUUACUGAUGCUACUGAUGAUGAAGAAGAUGAAGAAGAAAGUCAAGAAAAACAUUUAAAAGAUGAUGGUGGUGAUGCUAAAGUUGAAGUAGAAAAUUUUGAUUAUAUUGAAAAACUUAAACAAUCUUUAAAUCAUAUAAAUUUUCAAGAAUAUAAACCAAAUUUUUAUGAAUUGGUUGCUCAAGAAAUUAAACAAAAUGAUUUUGGUUCAAUGGCUAUAUCUACUUGUGCUCAUGGUAGUCAAUGUGAUGAUGUUAGAAAAGCAAUUGGUGAUAAUUUAAAUGAAUCAAAUUAUAGAGUAGAAUUAUUUGAACAAAUUCAAUCAUGGUAA